UUGGCUCGGCGUGUGUGGCGUCAUGAAGAAACAUUCAAUGCGGAAGUAGAGAAACUGCACAGAUUUGGGGGAAAUAUUUCACUGAGAGAGGACGCUAAAGAUUUUAAAACGCUGAACUUAAAUAUUUCGGCAGUGUAUUUAGUGUGUGUGGAACAAUGUAGUAGCCAGCAGGGAAACCUAUAAUAUCUCCAGACCGUGUUUUCAGUAUUUGAAGAGAGUGAAGUUCAGCUGUAACAUCACGACUGCGAUGGCUAAUAGUAAUUUACAGAAAGCCAUUGACUUGGCCACCAAGGCUUCAGAGGAGGACAAGGCCAAAAACUACAAGGAAGCUUUGCGCCUCUAUGAGCAUUCUAUUCAAUACUUUCUACACGUGGUGAAGUACGAUGCUCAGGGUGAAAAGGCCAAGCAAAGCAUCAGGGCGAAGUGUACAGAGUAUCUGGACAGAGCUGAGCAGCUGAAGGAAUAUCUGAAAAAGGCAGAAAAGCAGCCACCUGCCAAGCCUGUCAAAGUGUCCAAUGACAAAGGGAAUGACAGUGAUGAUGGUGAUAAUUCAGAGAAGAAGAAAUUGCAGAAUCAGCUUCAAGGUGCCAUUGUCAUGGAGAAGCCAAACAUUAAGUGGAGUGAUGUUGCUGGCUUAGAAGGAGCCAAGGAGGCGCUGAAAGAGGCAGUCAUUCUACCCAUUAAAUUUCCUCACCUUUUCACAGGAAAGAGAACUCCAUGGAGAGGGAUCUUGCUUUUUGGCCCUCCAGGUACAGGGAAAUCAUACCUGGCUAAAGCAGUGGCCACUGAGGCCAACAACUCAACCUUCUUCUCCAUCUCCUCCUCUGAUCUGGUGUCUAAAUGGCUGGGAGAGAGUGAGAAAUUGGUGAAGAACCUGUUUAGCUUGGCUCGGCAAAACAAACCCUCCAUCAUCUUCAUCGACGAGAUCGACUCUCUGUGUGGCUCCAGGAGUGAUAACGAGAGUGAAGCAGCUCGCCGAAUAAAGACGGAGUUCCUGGUCCAGAUGCAAGGUGUUGGAAAUGAUAAUGAGGGAAUUCUGGUGCUUGGAGCAACCAAUAUACCUUGGACUUUAGAUUCUGCCAUCAGAAGAAGGUUUGAGAAGCGUAUUUACAUCCCACUUCCUGAGCAGCAUGCACGAUCGCUCAUGUUCAAGCUCAACCUCGGUACAACCCCCAACAGCCUCACCGAUAAUGACUUCAUCACGCUAGGACAGAAGACCGAGCACUAUUCAGGCGCCGACAUCAGCAUCAUUGUCAGGGACGCUCUCAUGCAGCCCAUCCGCAAAGUACAGUCGGCCACUCACUUCAAAAAGGUCCGUGGAAAAACUUGGAACAACCAGGAUGUAAUAGCGGAUGACUUAUUGACCCCUUGCUCUCCAAGUGACCCAAACGCGAUAAAGAUGACGUGGGUAGAUGUGGAAGCUGAUAAACUCCUGGAGCCCAUCGUCAGCAUGGAGGACAUGCUCAGGUCACUGGAAAAAACCAAGCCCACUGUGAAUGAGGAAGACCUGAAGAAGCUGAUGAAGUUUACUGAGGACUUCGGCCAAGAAGGCUAAUUACACAGCAACCAUAAAACACAAAAAAACAAGGACCUUUGUUUUAUGCUUUUUACAUUCCAUUUUAUCUUUCUACUGAGAGUUUAUUAUAAAUACUUUUGUAAUAAUGGCCACUGUUUGUGGAAUAUAAGCUACAUAAUGUAGCUUGUUGAACUGCCUAUCUACCUAAUAUGGUGUGAACCGGGAACUGAGAUCAUGUAUUUAUUGUAUGUGGAAGUUAUACUGGCGGGAAUAUUAAGCUGUAAGUUGGCACUUGAAUAAGUAUUGUAAAUAGGCUUGGCCAGGAGAUGGUAAUUAAUGAUAAUGUCCUAGUUUGAAAAUUUUUUAUUUAGAGAUUUAGAGAAAAAAAAAAAUUGAGAUUUUUGUCAGGUUGAAAUGAUAAAUGAUAUAAAUGUAAAAGUUUGAAGAAGUUUGUGGGUUUAUUUUAGUGACAUGAGACAUGACUUCCAAAAUAGCACAUUGAUUUAAGGUGAGCUCUGUCUGUGUCGGUCUGUAUGCGUGUGUCUGGGGUUCACCUCCUCACUCCCGUUUCACUCCUGACUGUAGACUGUUGUUUGUAGAGUGCUGUACAGAGCAGCAGUGAGGGAGACAAUAGGCCAACUUUAGACAAAAUGGAUCACCAUAACCUGCCAUCCAAUAGACAAAUAUGUGAACAGUACCUAUAAAAUACAGUUAUGUUAGAUGUCAUUUUUCUUUUUGCUUGCUUUUGUUUAUGACCACAUGAGUACAUUUGGCAAGGUACACAUCUGGGGGCGGUCGUGGCCUAAUGGAUAGAGAGUCGGACUUGCAACCCGAAGGUGAACCUGAAGGUAAACCUGAAGGUUGUGGGUUCGAGUCUCGGGUCCGGCAGGGAUUGUAGGUGGGGGGAGUGAAUGACCAGCGCUCUCUCCCACCCUCAAUACCAUGACUGAGGUGAGACCCUUGAGCAAGGCACCGUACCCCCAACUGCUCCCCGGGCGCCGCAGCCCUCCGGGCGCCGCAGCCCUCCGGGUGUGUGUUCACGGUGUGUGUGUUCACUACUGUGUGUGUGCACUUGGAUGGGUUAAAUGCAGAGCACAAAUUCCGAGUAUGGGUCACCAUACUUGGCCACAAGUCACUUCACUUCACUUCACUUAGUGUGCACAAAGCGACCUGUAUCUCAUAUGUUUACAUUUAAACGGUCAAUGGGUGUAGCUACAUGGUAGGUAUUCCCAAUAAUUUGACAAAAAGUGUAUGAGUUUAUAUUUAUGCCCAGUUAUCUUACAUUAAUGACUGCAGCUUUCAUAAUGCUUACGAAAUUACUGUGACUUAAUGGCUGUUACUGAUAUUUGUAUGCUUAAUUAUGCGUGCAAUACCAAAACAGUGUAUCGGCUUAUGGA